AUGCAAGGAGUGUUUUUACGAUUUCUCAAAUCUACCCAUCACGGGGGGUCAGCCCUGUUUGCACUGCCACUUGGGGAGGAGGUUAGGGGAAGGUUAGGCAGGAGUGCGGCCGGCUGCUCCAUCACUCUCUGCUGCCUGGUGCUGCACCCAUUGCCCUCCCAUUGCCCACCCAUUGCCCACCCAUUGUCCUCCCAUUGCCCACCCAUUGCCCUCCCAUUGCCCUCCCAUUGCCCUCACCUUGCCCCAUUGCCACCAUUGCCCACCCAUUUGCCCACCCAUUGCCUCCCAUUGCCCCCCAUUGCCCACCCAUUGCCCUCCCAUUGCCCUCCCAUUGCCCACCCAUUGCCCACCCAUUGCCCUCCCAUUGCCCACCCAUUGUCCACCCAUUGCCCUCCCAUUGCCCUCCCAUUGCCCACCCAUUGCCCUCCCAUUGCCCACCCAUUGCCCUCCCAUUGCCCUCCCAUUGCCCACCCAUUGCCCUCCCAUUGCCCACCCAUUGCCCUCCCAUUGCCCUCCCAUUGCCCACCCAUUGCCCUCCCAUUGCCCACCCAUUGCCCACCCAUUGUCCUCCCAUUGCCCACCCAUUGCCCUCCCAUUGCCCUCCCAUUGCCCUCCCAUUGCCCACCCAUUGCCCUCCCAUUGCCCACCCAUUGCCCACCCAUUGCCCACCCAUUGCCCACCCAUUGCCCACCCAUUGCCCUCCCAUUGCCCACCCAUUGCCCACCCAUUGCCCUCCCAUUGCCCUCCCAUUGCCCACCCAUUGCCCUCCCAUUGCCCACCCAUUGCCCUCCCAUUGCCCUCCCAUUGCCCACCCAUUGCCCUCCCAUUGCCCACCCAUUGCCCUCCCAUUGCCCUCCCAUUGCCCACCCAUUGCCCUCCCAUUGCCCACCCAUUGCCCACCCAUUGUCCUCCCAUUGCCCACCCAUUGCCCUCCCAUUGCCCUCCCAUUGCCCUCCCAUUGCCCACCCAUUGCCCACCCAUUGCCCACCCAUUGCCCUCCCAUUGCCCUCCCAUUGCCCACCCAUUGCCCUCCCAUUGCCCUCCCAUUGCCCACCCAUUGCCCACCCAUUGCCCUCCCAUUGCCCACCCAUUGCCCUCCCAUUGCCCUCCCAUUGCCCACCCAUUGCCCUCCCAUUGCCCACCCAUUGCCCUCCCAUUGCCCUCCCAUUGCCCACCCAUUGCCCUCCCAUUGCCCACCCAUUGCCCUCCCAUUGCCCUCCCAUUGCCCACCCAUUGCCCUCCCAUUGCCCACCCAUUGCCCACCCAUUGUCCUCCCAUUGCCCACCCAUUGCCCUCCCAUUGCCCUCCCAUUGCCCUCCCAUUGCCCACCCAUUGCCCCCCCAUUGCCCACCCAUUGCCCACCCAUUGCCCUCCCAUUGCCCUCCCAUUGCCCACCCAUUGCCCUCCCAUUGCCCUCCCAUUGCCCUCCCAUUGCCCACCCAUUGCCCCCCCAUUGCCCACCCAUUGCCCACCCAUUGCCCUCCCAUUGCCCUCCCAUUGCCCACCCAUUGCCCUCCCAUUGCCCUCCCAUUGCCCUCCCAUUGCCCACCCAUUGCCCUCCCAUUGCCCACCCAUUGCCCACCCAUUGCCCACCCAUUGCCCUCCCAUUGCCCUCCCAUUGCCCACCCAUUGCCCUCCCAUUGCCCUCCCAUUGCCCACCCAUUGCCCACCCAUUGCCCUCCCAUUGCCCUCCCAUUGCCCACCCAUUGUCCACCCAUUGCCCUCCCAUUGCCCUCCCAUUGCCCACCCAUUGCCCUCCCAUUGCCCUCCCAUUGCCCACCCAUUGCCCUCCCAUUGCCCACCCAUUGCCCAGCCAUUGCCCACCCAUUGCCCUCCCAUUGCCCUCCCAUUGCCCACCCAUUGCCCUCCCAUUGCCCACCCAUUGCCCUCCCAUUGCCCUCCCAUUGCCCUCCCAUUGCCCACCCAUUGCCCACCCAUUGCCCUCCCAUUGCCCUCCCAUUGCCCACCCAUUGCCCUCCCAUUGCCCUCCCAUUGCCCUCCCAUUGCCCCACCCAUUGCCCUCCCAUUGCCCACCCAUUGCCCACCCAUUGCCCUCCCAUUGCCCUCCCAUUGCCCUCCCAUUGCCCUCCCAUUGCCCUCCCAUUGUCCUCCCAUUGCCCACCCAUUGCCCUCCCAUUGCCCUCCCAUUGCCCACCCAUUGCCCUCCCAUUGCCCUCCCAUUGCCCACCCAUUGCCCUCCCAUUGCCCACCCAUUGCCCACCCAUUGUCCUCCCAUUGCCCACCCAUUGCCCUCCCAUUGCCCUCCCAUUGCCCUCCCAUUGCCCACCCAUUGCCCUCCCAUUGCCCACCCAUUGCCCACCCAUUGCCCUCCCAUUGCCCUCCCAUUGCCCACCUAUUGCCCUCCCCAUUGCCCUCCCAUUGCCCUCCCAUUGCCCACCCAUUGCCCCCCCAUUGCCCACCCAUUGCCCACCCAUUGCCCUCCCAUUGCCCUCCCAUUGCCACACCCAUUGCCCUCCCAUUGCCCUCCCAUUGCCCUCCCAUUGCCCACCCAUUGCCCUCCCAUUGCCCAUUGCCCAUUGCCCACCCAUUGCCCACCCAUUGCCCUCCCAUUGCCCUCCCAUUGCCCACCCAUUGCCCUCCCAUUGCCCUCCCAUUGCCCACCCAUUGCCCACCCAUUGCCCUCCCAUUGCCCUCCCAUUGCCCACCCAUUGCCCUCCCAUUGCCCUCCCAUUGCCCACCCAUUGCCCACCCAUUGCCCUCCCAUUGCCCUCCCAUUGCCCACCCAUUGUCCACCCAUUGCCCUCCCAUUGCCCUCCCAUUGCCCACCCAUUGCCCUCCCAUUGCCCUCCCAUUGCCCACCCCAUUGCCCUCCCAUUGCCCACCCAUUGCCCAGCCAUUGCCCACCAUUGCCCUCCCAUUGCCCUCCCAUUGCCCACCCAUUGCCCUCCCAUUGCCCUCCCAUUGCCCACCCAUUGCCCUCCCAUUGCCCACCCCAUUGCCCAGCCAUUGCCCACCCAUUGCCCUCCCAUUGCCCUCCCAUUGCCCACCCAUUGCCCUCCCAUUGCCCACCCCAUUGCCCUCCCAUUGCCCUCCCAUUGCCCUCCCAUUGCCCACCCAUUGCCCACCCAUUGCCCUCCCAUUGCCCUCCCAUUGCCCACCCAUUGCCCUCCCAUUGCCCUCCCAUUGCCCUCCCAUUGCCCACCCAUUGCCCUCCCAUUGCCCACCCAUUGCCCACCCAUUGCCCUCCCAUUGCCCUCCCAUUGCCCACCCAUUGCCCUCCCAUUGCCCUCCCAUUGCCCUCCCAUUGCCCACCCAUUGCCCACCCAUUGCCCUCCCAUUGCCCUCCCAUUGCCCACCCAUUGCCCUCCCAUUGCCCUCCCAUUGUCCUCCCAUUGCCCACCCAUUGCCCACCCAUUGCCCACCCAUUGCCCUCCCAUUGCCCUCCCAUUGCCCACCCAUUGCCCUCCCAUUGCCCUCCCAUUGCCCACCCAUUGCCCUCCAUUGCCCACCCAUUGCCCACCCAUUGUCCUCCCAUUGCCCACCCAUUGCCCUCCCAUUGCCCUCCCAUUGCCCACCCAUUGCCCACCCAUUGCCCUCCCAUUGCCCACCCAUUGUCCACCCAUUGCCCUCCCAUUGCCCUCCCAUUGCCCACCCAUUGCCCUCCCAUUGCCCACCCAUUGCCCUCCCAUUGCCCUCCCAUUGCCCACCCAUUGCCCUCCCAUUGCCCACCCAUUGCCCACCCAUUGUCCUCCCAUUGCCCACCCAUUGCCCUCCCAUUGCCCUCCCAUUGCCCUCCCAUUGCCCACCCAUUGCCCUCCCAUUGCCCACCCAUUGCCCACCCAUUGCCCUCCCAUUGCCCUCCCAUUGCCCACCCAUUGCCCUCCCAUUGCCCUCCCAUUGCCCUCCCAUUGCCCACCCAUUGCCCCCCCAUUGCCCACCCAUUGCCCACCCAUUGCCCUCCCAUUGCCCUCCCAUUGCCCACCCAUUGCCCUCCCAUUGCCCUCCCAUUGCCCUCCCAUUGCCCACCCAUUGCCCUCCCAUUGCCCACCCAUUGCCACCCAUUGCCCACCCAUUGCCCUCCCAUUGCCCUCCCAUUGCCCACCCAUUGCCCUCCCAUUGCCCUCCCAUUGCCCACCCAUUGCCCACCCAUUGCCCUCCCAUUGCCCUCCCAUUGCCCACCCAUUGUCCACCCAUUGCCCUCCCAUUGCCCUCCCAUUGCCCACCCAUUGCCCUCCCAUUGCCCUCCCAUUGCCCACCCAUUGCCCUCCCAUUGCCCACCCAUUGCCCAGCCAUUGCCCACCCAUUGCCCUCCCAUUGCCCUCCCAUUGCCCACCCAUUGCCCUCCCAUUGCCCACCCAUUGCCCUCCCAUUGCCCACCCAUUGCCCCCAUUGCUCCCAUUGCCCUCCCAUUGCCUCCCCAUUGCCCACCCAUUGCCCUCCCCUUGCACCAUCCCAUUGCCCCCCAUUGGCCCACCCAUUUGCCCACCCAUUGCCCUCCCAUUGCCCACCCAUUGCCCACCCAUUGCCCUCCCAUUGCCACCCAUUGCCCUCCCAUUGCCCUCCCAUUUGCCCCCCACUUGCCCACCCAUUGCCCUCCGCCUUGCCCCACCCAUUGCCCUCCCAUUGCCCUCCCAUUGCCCUCCCAUUGCCCUCCCAUUGCCCUCCCAUUGCCCACCCAUUGCCCACCCAUUGCCUCCCAUUGCCCACCCAUUGCCCUCCCAUUGCCCUCCCAUUGCCCUACCCAUUUGCCCUCCCAUUGCCCACCCAUUGCCCCCCAUUGCCCACCCAUUGCCCAUCCCAUUGCCCUCGCCAUUGCCCACCCAUUGCCCUCCCAUUGCCCUCCCAUUUGCCCUCCCAUUGCCCACCCAUUGCCCCCCCAUUGCCCACCCAUUGCCACCCAUUGCCCUCCCAUUGCCCUCCCAUUGCCCACCCAUUGCCCUCCCAUUGCCCUCCCAUUGCCCUCCCAUUGCCCACCCAUUGCCCUCCCAUUGCCCACCCAUUGCCCACCAUUGCCCCACCCAUUGCCCUCCCAUUGCCCUCCCAUGCCCACCCAUUGCCCUCCCAUUGCCCUCCCAUUGCCCACCCAUUGCCCACCCAUUUGCCCUCCCAUUGCCCUCCCAUUGCCCACCCAUUGUCCACCCAUUGCCCUCCCAUUGCCCACCCAGUGCCCCACCCAUUGCCCUCCCAUUGCCCUCCCAUUGCCCCACCCAUUGCCCUCCCAUUGCCCACCCAUUGCCCACCCAUUGCCACCAUUGCCCCCCAUUGCCUACCAUUGCCCACCCAUUGCCCUCCCAUUGCCCUCCCAUUGCCCACCCCAUUGCCCUCCCAUUGCCCUCCCCAUUGACAUUGCCUCCCAUUGCCCACCCAUGCCCUCCCAUUGCCCACCCAUUGCCCAGCCAUUGCCCACCCAUUGCCCUCCCAUUGCCCUCCCAUUGCCCACCCAUUGCCCUCCCAUUGCCCACCCAUUGCCCUCCCAUUGCCCUCCCCAGUGCCCUCCCAUUGCCCACCCAUUGCCCACCCAUUGCCCUCCCAUUGCCCUCCCAUUGCCCACCCAUUGCCCUCCCAUUGCCCUCCCAUUGCCUCCCAUUGCCCACCCCUUGCCCUCCCAUUGCCCACCCCAUUGCCCACCCAUUGCCCUCCCAUUGCCUCCCAUUGCCCACCCAUUGCCCUCCCAUUGCCCUCCCAUUGUCCUCCCAUUCCCACCCAUUGCCCACCAGUGCGACUUGCCCCUCCCAUUGCCCUCAUCCAUUGCCCCCCUUGCCUCCCCAUUGCCCUCCCAUUGUCCUCCCAUUGCCCACCCAUUGCCCACCCAUUGCCCACCCAUUGCCCUCCCAUUGCCCUCCCAUUGCCCACCCAUUGCCCUCCCAUUGCCCUCCCAUUGCCCACCCAUUGCCCUCCCAUUGCCCACCCAUUGCCCACCCAUUGUCCUCCCAUUGCCCACACCAUUGCCCUCCCAUUGCCCUCCCAUUGCCCACCCAUUGCCCACCCAUUGCCCUCCCAUUGCCCACCCAUUGUCCACCCAUUGCCCUCCCAUUGCCCUCCCAUUGCCCACCCAUUGCCCUCCCAUUGCCCACCCAUUGCCCUCCCAUUGCCCCCCAUUGCCCACCAUUGCCCUCCCAUUGCCCACCCCAUUGCCCACCCAUUGUCCUCCAUUGCCCACCCAUUGCCCUCCCAUUGCCCUCCCAUUGCCCUCCCAUUGCCCACCCAUUGCCCUCCCAUUGCCCACCAUUGCCCACCCAUUGCCCUCCCAUUGCCCUCCCAUUGCCCACCCAUUGCCCUCCCAUUGCCCUCCCAUUGCCCUCCAUUGCCCACCCAUUGCCCCCCAUUGCCCACCCAUUGCCCAUCCCAUUGCCCUCCCAUUGCCCACCCAUUGCCCAUCCCAUUGCCCUCCCAUUGCCCUCCCAUUGCCCACCCAUUGCCCUCCCAUUGCCCACCCCAUUGCCCACCCAUUGCCCACCCAUUGCCCUCCCAUUGCCUCCCAUUGCCCACCCAUUGCCCUCCCAUUUGCCCUCCCAUUGCCCACCCAUUGCCCACCCAUUGCCCUCCCAUUGCCCUCCCAUUGCCCACCCAUUGCCCCCCAUUGCCCUCCCAUUGCCUCCCAUUGCCCAAUUGCCCACCCAUGCCCACCAGCCCACCAUUGCCCUCCCAUUUGCCCUCCCAUUGCCCUCCCAUUGCCCACCCAUUGCCCAGCCAUUGCCCAUCCCAUUGCCCUACCCAUUGCCCAUCCCAUUGACCAUCCCAUUGCCCUCCCAUUGCCCACCCAUUGCCUCCCAUUGCCCUCCCAUUGCCCUCCAUUGCCCACCCAUUGCCCACCCAUUGCCCUCCCAUUGCCCUCCCAUUGCCCACCCAUUGCCCUCCCAUUGCCCCUCCCAUUGCCCUACCCAUUGCCCUCCCAUUGCCCCCCAUUGCCCAGCCAUUGCCCACCCAUUGCCCUCCCAUUGCCCUCCCAUUGCCCACCCAUUGCCCUCCAUUGCCCACCCAUUGCCCUCCCAUUGCCCUCCCAUUGCCCUCCCAUUUGCCCUACCAUUGCCCACCCAUUGCCCUCCCAUUGCCCUCCCAUUGCCCACCCAUUGCCCUCCCAUUGCCCCUCCCAUUGCCCUCCCAUUGCCCACCAUUGCCCUCCCAUUGCCCACCCCAUUGCCCACCCAUUGCCCUCCCAUUGCCCUCCCAUUGCCCACCCCAUUGCCCUCCCAUUGCCCCUCCCAUUGCCCUCCCAUUUGCCCCACCCAUUGCCCCCCAUUGCCACUCACCAUUGCCCCCAUUUGCCACCCAUUCCCCCCAUUGCCCUCCCGAUUGUCCCACCAUUGCCCUCCAUUGGCCCAUCCCAUUGCCCACCCAUUGCCCUCCCAUUUGCCCUCCCAUUGCCCACCCAUUGCCCCCAUUGCCCCCCAUUGCCCUCCCAUUGCCCUCCCAUUGCCCACCCAUUGCCCUCCCAUUGCCCACCCAUUGCCCACCCAUUGCCCACCCAUUGCCCUCCCAUUGCCCUCCCAUUGCCCACCCAUUGCCCUCCCAUUGCCCUCCCAUUGCCCACCCAUUGCCCACCCAUUGCCCUCCCAUUGCCCUCCCAUUGCCCACCCAUUGUCCACCCAUUGCCCUCCCAUUGCCCUCCCAUUGCCCACCCAUUGCCCUCCCAUUGCCCUCCCAUUGCCCACCCAUUGCCCUCCCAUUGCCCACCCAUUGCCCACCCAUUGCCCACCCAUUGCCCUCCCAUUGCCCUCCAUUGCCCCCCAUUGCCCUCCCAUUGCCCACCCAUUGCCCUCCCAUUGCCCUCCCAUUGCCCUCCCAUUGCCCACCCAUUGCCCACCCAUUGCCCUCCCAUUGCCCUCCCAUUGCCCACCCAUUGCCCUCCCAUUGCCCAUGCAUCCCAUUGCCCACCCAUUGCCCACUCCAUUGCCCUCCCAUUGCCCUCCCAUUGCCCACACCAUUGCCCUCCAUGCCCUCCCAUUGCCCUCCCAUUGCCCACCCAUUGCCCUCCAUUGCCCACCAAACGACCAUUGCCCACCCAUUGCCCUCCCAUUGCCCUCCCAUUGCCCACCCAUUGCCCUCGCCAUUGCCCUCCCAUUGUCCUCCCAUUGCCCACCCAUUGCCCUCCCAUUGCCCUCCCAUUGCCCAAGCCAUGCCUCCAUUGCCCUCCCAUUGCCCCACCAUUGCCCACCCAUUGCCCUCCCAUUGCCCACCCAUUGUCCUCCCAUUGCCCACCCAUUGCCCUCCCAUUGCCCUCCCAUUGCCCUCCAUUGCCCACCAUGCCCUCCCAUUGCCCACCCAUUGCCCACCCAUUGCCCUCCCAUUGCCCUCCCACUUGCCCACCCAUUGCCCUCCCAUUGCCCUCCCAUUGCCCACCCAUUGCCCUCCAUUGCCCACCCAUUGCCCACCCAUUGCCCUCCCAUUGCCCACCCAUUGUCCACCCAUUGCCCUCCCAUUGCCCCCCCAUUGCCCUCCCAUUGCCCAACCCAUUGCCCUCCCAUUGCCACCCAUUGCCCUCCCAUUGCCCUCCCAUUGCCCACCCAUUGCCCUCCAUUGCCCCAUUGCCCUCCCAUGCCACCCAUUGCCCCCCCAUUGCCCACCCAUUGCCCACCCAUUGCCCUCCAUUGCCCUCCCAUUGCCCACCCAUUGCCCUCCAUUGCCCUCCCAUUGCCCUCCAUAUGCCCACCCAUUGCCCUCCCAUUGCCCUCACCAUUGCCCUACCCAUUGCCCACCCAUUGCCCUCCCAUUGCCCAUCCCAUUGCCCACCCAUUGCCUACACCAUUGCCCUCCCAUUGCCCACCCAUUGCCACCCAUUGCCCUCCCAUUGCCCUCCCAUUGCCCACCCAUUGUCCCACCCAUUGCCCUCCCAUUGCCCUCCCAUUGCCCACCCAUUCCAUUGCCACCCCAUUGCCCUCCCAUUUGCCCUCCAUUGCCCACCCAUUGCCCCUCCCAUUUGGCCCACCCAUUGCCCUCCCAUUGCCCUCCCAUUGCCCUCCCAUUGCCCACCCAUUUGCCCACCCAUUGCCCUCCCAUUGCCCUCCCAUUGCCCACCCAUUGCCCUCCCAUUGCCCUCCCAUUGCCCUCCCAUUGCCCACCCAUUGCCCUCCCAUUGCCCACCCAUUGCCCACCCAUUGCCCCUCCCAUUGCCCUCCCAUUGCCCACCCAUUGCCCUCCCAUUGCCCUCCCAUUGUCCUCCCAUUGCCCACCCAUUGCCCUCCCAUUGCCCUCCCAUUGCCCACCCAUUGCCCUCCCAUUGCCCUCCCAUUGCCCACCCAUUGCCCUCCCAUUGCCCACCCAUUGCCCACCCAUUGUCCUCCCAUUGCCCACCCAUUGCCCUCCCAUUGCCCUCCCAUUGCCCUCCCAUUGCCCACCCAUUGCCCUCCCAUUGCCCACCAUUGCCCACCCAUUGCCCUCCCAUUGCCCCUCCAUUGCCCACCCAUCCCAUUGCCCUCCCAUUGCCCACCCAUUGCCCUCCCAUUGCCCUCCCAUUGCCCUCCCAUUGCCCACCCAUUGCCCCCCCCAUUGCCCACCCAUUGCCCACCCAUUGCCCUCCCAUUGCCCUCCCAUUGCCCACCCAUUGCCCUCCCAUUGCCCUCCCAUUGCCCUCCCCAUUGCCCACCCAUUGCCCUCCCAUUGCCCACCCAUUGCCCACCCAUUGCCCACCCAUUGCCCUCCCAUUGCCCUCCCAUUGCCCACCCAUUGCCCUCCCAUUGCCCUCCCAUUGCCCACCCAUUGCCCACCCAUUGCCCUCCCAUUGCCCUCCCAUUGCCCACCCAUUGUCCACCCAUUGCCCUCCCAUUGCCCUCCCAUUGCCCACCCAUUGCCCUCCCAUUGCCCUCCCAUUGCCCACCCAUUGCCCUCCCAUUGCCCACCCAUUGCCCACCCAUUGCCCACCCAUUGCCCUCCCAUUGCCCUCCCAUUGCCCACCGAUUGCCCUCCCAUUUGCCCACCCAUUGCCCUCCCAUUGCCCUCCCAUUGCCCUCCCAUUGCCCACCCAUUGCCCACCCAUUGCCUCUCCAUUGCCCUCCCAUUGCCCACCCAUUGCCCUCCCAUUGCCCUCCAUUGCCCUCCCAUUGCCCACCCAUUGCCCUCCCAUUUUGCCCACCCAUUUGCCCACCCAUUGCCCUCCCAUUGCCCUCCCAUUGCCCACCCAUUGCCCUCCCAUUGCCCUCCCAUUGUCCUCCCAUUGCCCACCCAUUGCCCUCCCAUUGCCCUCCCAUUGCCCACCCAUUGCCCUCCCAUUGCCCUCCCAUUGCCCACCCAUUGCCCACCCAUUGCCCUCCCAUUGCCCACCCAUUGUCCUCCCAUUGCCCACCCAUUGCCCUCCCAUUGCCCUCCCAUUGCCCUCCCAUUGCCCACCCAUUGCCCUCCCAUUGCCCACCCAUUGCCCACCCAUUGCCCUCCCAUUGCCCUCCCAUUGCCCACCCAUGCCCUCCCAUUGCCCUCCCAUUGCCCUCCCAUUGCCCACCAUUGCCCUCCCAUUGCCCACCCAUUGCACCCACUCCAUUGCCCUCCCAUUGCCCACCCAUUGCCCCCCAUUGCCCACCCAUUGCCACCCAUUGCCCUCCCAUUGCCCACCAUUGUCCACCCAUUGCCCACCCAUUGCCCACCCAUUGCCCUCCCAUUGCCCACCCAUUGCCCACCCAUUGCCCACCCAUUGCCCUCCCAUUGCCCUACCAUUGCCCUCCCAUUGCCCACCCAUUGCCCUCCCAUUUGCCCCCCAUUGCCCCCCAUUGCCUCCCAUUGCCCACCCAUUGCCCUCCCAUUGCCCACCCAUUGCCCUCCCAUUGCCCUCCCAUUGCCCACCCAUUGCCCUCCCAUUGCCCAUCCCAUUGCCCACCCAUUGCCCUCCCAUUGCCCUCCAUUGCCCUCCCAUUGCCCCCAUUGCCCACCAUUGCCCUCCCAUUGCCCUACCCAUUGCCCUCCCAUUGCCCACCAUUGCCCACCCAUUGCCCUCCCAUUGCCCUCCCAUUGCCCACCCAUUGCCCUCCCAUUGCCCUCCCAUUGCCCUCCCAUUGCCCACCCAUUGCCCUCCCAUUGCCCACCCAUUGCCCACCCAUUGCCCUCCCAUUGCCCUCCCAUUGCCCACCCAUUGCCCUCCCAUUGCCCACCCAUUGCCCUCCCAUUGCCCACCCAUUGCCCACCCAUUGCCCACCCAUUGCCCUCCCAUUGCCCUCCCAUUGCCCACCCAUUGCCCUCCCAUUGCCCUCCCAUUGCCCACCCGUUGCCCACCCAUUGCCCUCCCAUUGCCCACCCAUUGUCCACCCAUUGCCCUCCCAUUGCCCUCCCAUUGCCCCACCCAUUGCCCUCCCAUUGCCCUCCCAUUGCCCACCCAUUGCCCUCCCAUUGCCCACCCAUUGCCCACCCAUUGCCCACCCAUUGCCCUCCCAUUGCCCUCCCAUUUGCCCACCCAUUGCCCACCCAUUGCCCACCCAUUGCCCACCCAUUGCCCUCCCAUUGCCCACCCAUUGCCCCCCCAUUGCCCACCCAUUGCCCACCCAUUGCCCUCCCAUUGCCCUCCCAUUGCCCACCCAUUGCCCUCCCAUUGCCCUCCCAUUGCCCUCCCAUUGCCCACCCAUUGCCCUUCCCAUUGCCCACCCAUUGCCCACCCAUUGCCCACCCAUUGCCCUCCCAUUGCCCUCCCAUUGCCCACCCAUUGCCCUCCCAUCGCCCUUCCCAUUGCCCACCCAUUGCCCUCCCAUUGCCCUCCCAUUGCCCACCCAUUGCCCACCCAUUGCCCUCCCAUUGCCCUCCCAUUGCCCACCCAUUGUCCACCCAUUGCCCUCCCAUUGCCCUCCCAUUGCCCACCCAUUGCCCUCCCAUUGCCCUCCCAUUGCCCACCCAUUGCCCUCCCAUUGCCACCCAUUGCCCUCCCAUUGCCCUCCCAUUGCCCUCCCAUUGCCCACCCAUUGCCCACCCAUUGCCCUCCCAUUGCCCUCCCAUGCCUACCCAUUGCCCACCCAUUGCCCUCCCAUUGCCCUCCCAUUGCCCACCCAUUGUCCACCCAUUGCCCUCCCAUUGCCCUCCCAUUGCCCACCCAUUGCCCUCCCAUUGCCCUCCCAUUGCCCACCCAUUGCCCUCCCAUUGCCCACCCAUUGCCCAGCCAUUGCCCACCCAUUGCCCUCCCAUUGCCCUCCCAUUGCCCACCCAUUGCCCUCCCAUUGCCCACCCAUUGCCCUCCCAUUGCCCUCCCAUUGCCCUCCCAUUGCCACCCAUUGCCCACCCAUUGCCCUCCCAUUGCCCUCCCAUUGCCCACCCAUUGCCCUCCCAUUGCCCUCCCAUUGCCCUCCCAUUGCCCACCCAUUGCCCUCCCAUUGCCCACCCAUUGCCCACCCAUUGCCCUCCCAUUGCCCUCCCAUUGCCCACCCAUUGCCCUCCCAUUGCCCUCCCAUUGUCCUCCCAUUGCCCACCCAUUGCCCUCCCCAUUGCCCUCCCAUUGCCCACCCAUUGCCCUCCCAUUGCCCUCCCAUUGCCCACCCAUUGCCCUCCCAUUGCCCACCCGUUGCCCACCCAUUGUCCUCCCAUUGCCCACCCAUUGCCCUCCCAUUGCCCUCCCAUUGCCCUCCCAUUGCCCACCCAUUGCCCUCCCAUUGCCCACCCAUUGCCCACCCAUUGCCCUCCCAUUGCCCUCCCAUUGCCCACCCAUUGCCCUCCCAUUGCCCUCCCAUUGCCCUCCCAUUGCCCACCCAUUGCCCCCCAUUGCCCACCCAUUGCCCACCCAUUGCCCUCCCAUUGCCCUCCCAUUGCCCACCCAUUGCCCUCCCAUUGCCCUCCCAUUGCCCUCCCAUUGCCCACCCAUUGCCCUCCCAUUGCCCACCCAUUGCCCACCCAUUGCCCACCCAUUGCCCUCCCAUUGCCCUCCCAUUGCCCACCCAUUGCCCCUCCCAUUGCCCUCCCAUUGCCCACCCAUUGCCCACCCAUUGCCCUCCCAUUGCCCUCCCAUUGCCCACACCAUUGUCCACCCAUUGCCCUCCCAUUGCCCUCCCAUUGCCACCCAUGCCCUCCCAUUGCCCUCCCAUUGCCCACCCAUUGCCCUCCCAUUGCCCACCCAUUGCCCACCCAUUGCCCACCCAUUGCCCUCCCAUUGCCCUCCCAUUGCCCACCCAUUGCCCUCCCAUUGCCCACCCAUUGCCCUCCCAUUUGCCCUCCCAUUGCCCUCCCAUUUGCCCACCCAUUGCCCACCCAUUGCCCUCCCAUUGCCCUCCCAUUGCCCACCCAUUGCCCUCCCAUUGCCCUCCCAUUGCCCUCCCAUUGCCCACCCAUUGCCCUCCCAUUGCCCACCCAUUGCCCACCCAUUGCCCUCCCAUUGCCCUCCCAUUUGCCCACCCAUUGCCCUCCCAUUGCCCUCCCAUUGUCCUCCCAUUGCCCACCCAUUGCCCUCCCAUUGCCCUCCCAUUGCCCACCCAUUGCCCUCCCAUUGCCCUCCCAUUGCCCACCCAUUGCCCACCCAUUGCCCUCCCAUUGCCCACCCAUUGUCCUCCCAUUGCCCACCCAUUGCCCUCCAUUGCCCUCCCAUUGCCCACCCAUUGCCCUCCCAUUGCCCUCCCAUUGCCCACCCUUGCCACCCAUUGCCCUCCCAUUGCCCACCCAUUGUCCUCCCCAUUGCCCACCCAUUGCCCUCCCAUUGCCCUCCCAUUGCCCUCCCAUUGCCCACCCAUUGCCCUCCCAUUGCCCACCCAUUGCCCACCCAUUGCCCUCCCAUUGCCCUCCCAUUGCCCACCCAUUGCCCUCCCAUUGCCCUCCCAUUGCCCACCCAUUGCCCUCCCAUUGCCCACCCAUUGCCCACCCAUUGCCCUCCCAUUGCCCACCCAUUGUCCACCCAUUGCCCUCCCAUUGCCCACCCAUUGCCCUCCCAUUGCCCACCCAUUGCCCACCCAUUGCCCUCCCAUUGCCCUCCCAUUGCCCACCAUUGCCCUCCCAUUGCCCUCCCAUUGCCCACCCAUUGCCCACCCAUUGCCCUCCCAUUGCCCACCCAUUGUCCACCCAUUGCCCUCCCAUUGCCCUCCCAUUGCCCACCCAUUGCCCUCCCAUUGCCCACCCAUUGCCCACCCAUUGCCCACCCAUUGCCCACCCAUUGCCCUCCCAUUGCCCUCCCAUUGCCCUCCCAUUGCCCACCCAUUGCCCUCCCAUUGCCCACCCAUUGCCCACCCAUUGCCCUCCCAUUGCCCUCCCAUUGCCCACCCAUUGCCCUCCCAUUGCCCUCCCAUUGUCCUCCCAUUGCCCACCCAUUGCCCUCCCAUUGCCCUCCCAUUGCCCACCCAUUGCCCUCCCAUUGCCCUCCCAUUGCCCACCCAUUGCCCUCCCAUUGCCCACCCAUUGCCCACCCAUUGUCCUCCCAUUGCCCACCCAUUGCCCUCCAUUGCCCUCCCAUUGCCCUCCCAUUGCCCACCCAUUGCCCUCCCAUUGCCCACCCAUUGCCCACCCAUUGCCCUCCCAUUGCCCUCCCAUUGCCCACCCAUUGCCCUCCCAUUGCCCUCCCAUUGCCCUCCCCAUUGCCCACCCAUUGCCCUCCCAUUGCCCACCCAUUGCCCACCCAUUGCCCUCCCAUUGCCCUCCCAUUGCCCACCCAUUGCCCUCCCAUUGCCCUCCCAUUGCCCUCCCAUUGCCCACCCAUUGCCCUCCCAUUGCCCACCCAUUGCCCACCCAUUGCCCUCCCAUUGCCCUCCAUUGCCCACCCAUUGUCCACCCAUUGCCCUCCCAUUGCCCUCCCAUUGCCCACCCAUUGCCCUCCCAUUGCCCUCCCAUUGCCCACCCAUUGCCCUCCCAUUGCCCACCCAUUCCCCUCCCAUUGCCCACCCAUUGCCCUCCCAUUGCCCACCCAUUGCUCUCCCAUUGCCCUCCCAUUGCCCACCCAUUGCCCUCCCAUUGCCCACCCAUUGCCCACCCAUUGCCCACCCAUUGCCCUCCCAUUGCCCUCCCAUUGCCCACCCAUUGCCCUCCCAUUGCCCACCCAUUGCCCUCCCAUUGCCCUCCCAUUGCCCUCCCAUUGCCCACCCAUUGCCCACCCAUUGCCCUCCCAUUGCCCUCCCAUUGCCCUCCCAUUGCCCACCCAUUGCCCUCCCAUUGCCCUCCAUUGCCCUCCCAUUGCCACCCAUUGCCCACCCAUUGCCCUCCCAUUGCCCUCCCAUUGCCACCCAUUGUCCACCCAUUGCCCUCCCAUUGCCCUCCCAUUGCCCACCCAUUGCCCUCCCAUUGCCCUCCCAUUGCCCACCCAUUGCCCUCCCAUUGCCCACCCAUUCCCCUCCCAUUGCCCACCCAUUGCCCUCCCAUUGCCCCACCCAUUGCCCUCCCAUUGCCCUCCCAUUGCCCACCCAUUGCCCUCACCAUUGCCCACCCAUUGCCCACCCAUUGCCCUCCCAUUGCCCACCCAUUGCCCUCCCAUUGCCCUCCCAUUGCCCUCCCAUUGCCCACCCAUUGCCCUCCCAUUGCCCACCCAUUGCCCACCCAUUGCCCACCCAUUGCCCUCCCAUUGCCCUCCCAUUGCCCACCCAUUGCCCUCCCAUUGCCCACCAUUGCCCUCCCAUUGCCCUCCCAUUGCCCUCCCAUUGCCCACCCAUUGCCCACCCAUUGCCCUCCCAUUGCCCCAUUGCCCCCAUUGCCCCAUGCCACCAUUGCCCUCCCAUUGCCCUCCCAUUGCCCUCCCAUUGCCCACCCAUUGCCCUCCCAUUGCCCACCCAUUGCCCACCCAUUGCCCUCCCAUUGCCCUCCCAUUGCCCACCCAUUGCCCUCCCAUUGCCCUCCCAUUGUCCUCCCAUUGCCCACCCAUUGCCCUCCCAUUGCCCUCCCAUUGCCCACCCAUUGCCCUCCCAUUGCCCUCCCAUUGCCCACCCAUUGCCCUCCCAUUGCCCACCCAUUGCCCACCCAUUGUCCCUCCCAUUGCCCACCCAUUGCCCUCCCAUUGCCCUCCCAUUGCCCUCCCAUUGCCCACCCAUUGCCCUCCCAUUGCCCACCCAUUGCCCACCCAUUGCCCUCCCAUUGCCCUCCCAUUGCCCACCCAUUGCCCUCCCAUUGCCCUCCCAUUGCCCUCCCAUUGCCCACCCAUUGCCCUCCCAUUGCCCACCCAUUGCCCACCCAUUGCCCUCCCAUUGCCCUCCCAUUGCCCACCCAUUGCCCUCCCAUUGCCCUCCCAUUGCCCUCCCAUUGCCACCCAUUGCCCUCCCAUUGCCCACCCAUUGCCCACCCAUUGCCCUCCCAUUGCCCUCCCAUUGCCCACCCAUUGCCCUCCCAUUGCCCACCCAUUGCCCUCCCAUUGCCCACCCAUUGCCCACCCAUUGCCCACCCAUUGCCCUCCCAUUGCCCUCCCAUUGCCCACCCAUUGCCCUCCCAUUGCCCUCCCCAUUGCCCACCCGUUGCCCACCCAUUGCCCCUCCCAUUGCCCACCCAUUGUCCACCCAUUGCCCUCCCAUUGCCCUCCCAUUGCCCACCCAUUGCCCUCCCAUUGCCCUCCCAUUGCCCACCCAUUGCCCUCCCAUUGCCCACCCAUUGCCCACCCAUUGCCCACCCAUUGCCCAUCCCAUUGCCCUCCCAUUGCCCUCCCAUUGCCCACCCAUUGCCCUCCCAUUGCCCACUCCAUUGCCCUCCCCAUUGCCCUCCCAUUGCCCUCCCAUUGCCCACCCAUUGCCCACCCAUUGCCUCCCAUUGCCCUCCCAUUGCCCACCCAUUGCCCUCCCAUUGCCCUCCCAUUGCCCUCCCAUUGCCCACCCAUUGCCCUCCCAUUGCCCACCCAUUGCCCACACAUUGCCCUCCCAUUGCCCUCCCAUUGCCACCCAUUGCCCUCCCAUUGCCCUCCCAUUGUCCUCCCAUUGCCCACCCAUUGCCCUCCCAUUGCCCUCCCAUUGCCCACCCAUUGCCCUCCCAUUGCCCUCCCAUUGCCCACCCAUUGCCCUCCCAUUGCCCACCCAUUGCCCACCCAUUGUCCUCCCAUUGCCCACCCAUUGCCCUCCCAUUGCCCUCCCAUUGCCCUCCCAUUGCCCACCCAUUGCCCUCCCAUUGCCCACCCAUUGCCCACCCAUUGCCCUCCCAUUGCCCUCCCAUUGCCCACCCAUUGCCCUCCCAUUGCCCUCCCAUUGCCCUCCAUUGCCCACCCAUUGCCCUCCCAUUGCCCACCCAUUGCCCACCCAUUGCCCUCCCAUUGCCCUCCAAUUGCCCACCCAUUGCCCUCCCAUUGCCCUCCCAUUGCCCUCCCAUUGCCCACCCAUUGCCCUCCCAUUGCCCACCCAUUGCCCACCCAUUGCCCUCCCAUUGCCCUCCCAUUGCCCACCCAUUGCCCUCCCAUUGCCCUCCCAUUGCCCACCCAUUGCCCACCCAUUGCCCUCCCAUUGCCCACCCAUUGUCCACCCAUUGCCCUCCCAUUGCCCUCCCAUUGCCCACCCAUUGCCCUCCCAUUGCCCUCCCAUUGCCCACCCAUUGCCCUCCCAUUGCCCACCCAUUGCCCACCCAUUGCCCACCCAUUGCCCUCCCAUUGCCCACCCAUUCCCCUCCCAUUGCCCACCCAUUGCCCUCCCAUUGCCCACCCAUUGCCCUCCCAUUGCCCACCCAUUCCCCUCCCAUUGCCCACCCAUUGCCCUCCCAUUGCCCACCCAUUGCCCUCCCAUUGCCCUCCCAUUGCCCACCCAUUGCCCUCCCAUUGCCCACCCAUUGCCCACCCAUUGCCCUCCCAUUGCCCACCCAUUGCCCUCCCAUUGCCCUCCCAUUGCCCUCCCAUUGCCCACCCAUUGCCCUCCCAUUGCCCACCCAUUGCCCACCCAUUGCCCUCCCAUUGCCCUCCCAUUGCCCACCCAUUGCCCUCCCAUUGCCCUCCCAUUGCCCUCCCAUUGCCCACCCAUUGCCCUCCCAUUGCCCACCCAUUGCCCACCCAUUGCCCUCCCAUUGCCCUCCCAUUGCCCUCCCAUUGCCCUCCCAUUGCCCUCCCAUUGCCCACCCAUUGCCCUCCCAUUGCCCACCCAUUGCCCACCCAUUGCCCUCCCAUUGCCCUCCCAUUGCCCACCCAUUGCCCUCCCAUUGCCCUCCCAUUUGCCCUCCCAUUGCCCACCCAUUGCCCUCCCAUUGCCCACCCAUUGCCCACCCAUUGCCCUCCCAUUGCCCUCCCAUUGCCCACCCAUUGCCCUCCCAUUGCCCUCCCCAUUGCCCUCCCAUUGCCCACCCAUUGCCCUCCCAUUGCCCACCCAUUGCCCACCCAUUGCCCUCCCAUUGCCCUCCCAUUGCCCACCCAUUUGCCCUCCCAUUGCCCUCCCAUUGCCCACCCAUUGCCCACCCAUUGCCCUCCCAUUGCCCACCCAUUGUCCACCCAUUGCCCUCCCAUUGCCCUCCCAUUGCCCACCCAUUGACCUCCCAUUGCCCACCCAUUGCCCACCCAUUGCCCACCCAUUGCCCUCCCAUUGCCCACCCAUUGCCCCUCCAUUGCCCACCCAUUGCCCUCCCAUUGCCCACCCAUUGCCCCUCCCAUUGCCCCCCAUUGCCCUCCCAUUGCCCACCCAUUGCCCUCCCAUUGCCCACCCAUUGCCCACCCAUUGCCCUCCCAUUGCCCUCACCCAUUGCCCACCCAUUGCCCUCCCAUUGCCCUCCCAUUGCCCUCCCAUUGCCCUCCCAUUGCCCUCCCAUUUGCCCUCCCAUUGCCCACCCAUUGCCCUCCCAUUGCCCACCCAUUGCCCACCCAUUGCCCUCCCAUUGCCCUCCCAUUGCCCUCCCAUUGCCCACCCAUUGCCCACCCAUUGCCCUCCCAUUGCCCACCCAUUGUCCACCCAUUGCCCUCCCAUUGCCCUCCCAUUGCCCACCCAUUGCCCUCCCAUUGCCCUCCCAUUGCCCACACCAUUGCCCUCCCAUUGCCCACCCAUUGCCCACCCAUUGCCCACCCAUUGCCCUCCCAUUGCCCACCCAUUCCCCUCCCAUUGCCCACCCAUUGCCCUCCCAUUGCCCGCCCAUUGCCCUCCCAUUGCCUCCCAUUGCCCACCCAUUGCCCUCCCAUUGCCCACCCAUUGCCCACCCAUUGCCCUCCCAUUGCCCACCCAUUGCCCUCCCAUUGCCCUCCCAUUGCCCUCCCACUUGCCCACCAUUUGCCCUCCCAUUGCCCACCCAUUGUCCCACCCAUUGCCCUCCCAUUGCCCUCCCAUUGCCCACCCAUUGCCCUCCCAUUGCCCUCCCAUUGCCCACCCAUUGCCCUCCCAUUGCCCUCCCAUUGCCCACCCAUUGCCCUCCCAUUGCCCACCCAUUGCCCUCCCAUUGCCCUCCCAUUGCCCACCCAUUGCCCUCCCAUUGCCCUCCCAUUGCCCACCCAUUGCCCUCCCAUUGCCCACCCAUUGCCCACCCAUUGCCCUCCCAUUGCCCUCCCAUUGCCCUCCCAUUGCCCUCCCAUUGCCCUCCCAUUGCCCACCCAUUGCCCUCCCAUUGCCCACCCAUUGCCCACCCAUUGCCCUCCCAUUGCCCUCCCAUUGCCCACCCAUUGCCCUCCCAUUGCCCUCCCAUUGCCCUCCCAUUGCCCACCCAUUGCCCUCCCAUUGCCCACCCAUUGCCCACCCAUUCCCCUCCCAUUGCCCUCCCAUUGCCCACCCAUUGCCCUCCCAUUGCCCACCCAUUGCCCACCCAUUGCCCUCCCAUUGCCCACCCAUUGCCCACCCAUUGCCCUCCCAUUGCCCUCCCAUUCCCCUCCCAUUGCCCUCCCAUUGCCCAUCCAUUGCCCUCCCAUUGCCUUCCCAUUGCCCACCCAUGCCCUCCCAUUGCCCUCCCAUUGCCCUCCCAUUGCCCACCCAUUGCCCACCGAUUGCCCUCCCAUUGCCCACCCAUUGCCCUCCCAUUGCCCUCCCAUUGCCCUCCCAUUGCCCUCCCAUUGCCCUCCUAUUGCCUUCACAUUGCCCUCCUAUUGCCCUCCCAUUGCCCUCCUAUUGCCUUCCCAUUGCCCUCCUAUUGCCUUCCCAUUGCCCUCCUAUUGCCCUCCCAUUGCCCUCCUAUUGCCUUCCCAUUGCCCUCCUAUUGCCUUCCCAUUGCCCUCCUAUUGCCCUCCCAUUGCCCUCCUAUUGCCUUCCCAUUGCCCUCCUAUUGCCUUCCCAUUGCCCUCCUAUUGCUCUCCCCUUGCCCUCCCCUUGCCCUCCCCUUGCCCACCCAUUGCCCACCCAUUGCCCUCCCAUUGCCCACCCAUUGCCCACCCAUUGCCCUCCCAUUGCCCUCCCAUUGCCCUCCCAUUGCCACCCAUUGCCCUCCCAUUGCCCUCCCAUUGCCCUCCCAUUGCCCACCCAUUGCCCUCCCAUUGCCCACCCAUUGCCCACCCAUUGCCCUCCCAUUGCCCUCCCAUUGCCCACCCAUUGCCCACCCAUUGCCCUCCCAUUGCCCUCCCAUUGCCCACCCAUUGCCCUCCCAUUGCCCUCCCAUUGUCCUCCCAUUGCCCACCCAUUGCCCUCCCAUUGCCCUCCCCUUGCCCUCCCCUUGCCCUCCCCUUGCCCUCCCCUUGCCCUCCCCUUGCCGUCCACUUGCCAUUCCCUGUCCCCCUCUCAUCUCUCCUGCCCCCCCACCCCCCCGCACCUGUCCCAACGUGCUGCUGGGUGCCAUGAGGUGCAGUGCGGUGGCUGA